CCGGUGGGUAACGGGGGCAGCAGCUCGGGUUUGGGGGCUUCUCCCUCCUGCCCCCCGGGCUGCAAGUGCGGGGGAGAAACACUGUCUCCCUCCCCACCGUCGUGCGAGGGUUUCGGACAUGCCGCUUGGGGUGGGGCAUGUUGCGACUGCAGCCAGGUUCCCCCCGCCCCCCAUCAGGUUACCGGGAAAUGGCGACCAGCACCGGCUGCCGGAGCAGGGCCAAAGCUAAACCUGGAAGUUGUUAGCAGAAUAGGCAGCGCAAGCCUUUUUGAUAAUCCUUAGUUACGUGUUUGCUCAAAUCUGGUAUAUCAAAAGAGCAAACAGAUCAAUUCUGUAAUACACUGCACAUGUGUAUUGCUUGGGGUAAUUAAUUGACCUUUAUGCUGCUCCCCAAUGUUUCAGUACUAGAUUUACUGUGUGAGUGCUGCCUAGUGACUUUUAAAUUGUAGUACUGCCGUAUCUCUGUCAGGUGUGAUCAGUCUUUUUAGUCAUUUCAGCAAAAGUUUGACUGGCCUAGUGACAGCAAAGUACACUGGGUAGCAGAUGAUUUCAUUAAUGUGAUUUCUUUCUUUCUGCACUUUAUCUGUUAACCAAAAAAUGGCAUUUAUGGAGCUGUCUCUCUCAAUUCUACUCCAAUAUCAUGACCUUAAACUAUGAUUUCCUACCAGACAUGAACACUCUUGUAUGUCCACCUGAACUUCUCUAUCUGUCCACUACCCAUGCUGUAGGGUUGCUUUUCCUUCACUUACUUUUUUUUUUUAUUUGGUAGAAAUAAAUGUUGCAUUGCAGCUUUUGAUGGAGACAGCUGAUGACUGUAGCAAGCCACACGUCAGAGCGAGCCCCGGUUUCCUGAAACAUCUGCAAGAGCUCGAGCCAGAGCUGCGCGUGGUAAAAAGACGCUUGUCGCAGGCACGCCACCGGGCCAAGCUGGCAGGACUCUUCAAGAGCUUGCGGGAAACUGUUUUAUCUCAAUCAGACAACGCUGCCUCAAAGUGUCAGGUUUUGCGUAAGGCUAAGAACUAUAUCCAGGAGCUGGAGCAAACCCUGGGUUCUUUGCUGAAGAUGAAAGAGUCCUUCAGCCUGGAGGAUGGGAGCCCGUCCAGCUUGGAGGAAGUCAGGGAGCAGUAUGUCAAGAGGCACUUCAGCAAUCACAGCACUGCAUCACCCUCAGAAACCAUGAGUGAGAGUGGCUCUACGGUCUGGUGUUUGAUUCAAGAAUAUGAAAAAAACACAAUGGAAGAGGAUGGGAAGCUGGGGCUUAUCCAGUCCCCAACUACUUCGCCGCCUGAUCUGGUGGAAUUUGAACGGUAUCUGUAUUUUUAUAAGCACACAGUGGACCUGCUGAUAGAGCAUGGAAUAGUUUGCACUGAAGAAGUGCCUCUUCCUGUAGUCUCCACUGCCAUUUCCCACCUCUGGCAAGAACUUUCUGAAGAAAGAAGAGACAGCAUCUUGCAGUACUGUAGUCAGAGAGAUUUUCUCCUGGAUCCCAAGGCUCCCUGCCAAGAGCUUGCAUGUGCUGAAGGCAGCGUGAGAGACAGCCGAGGUAACAGUGAGGAAGCCAGUGGUUCCUUGGUCUCCACACAGGAGGAAGUAAUGUUUGAAGAUGCAUUUGAUGUUGCUUCUGGUUUCCUUGACAGAAAUGAGACUCAGGGAAUGUCUAGUCAGAGUUCAGCAUUUGGAAGCUGCACUUCUGAAAAUCCAGAGGAUCACCACAGACUCUAUCUGCAGAUCAUUGACUUCCUAAAAAGUCUUUUCUUUGCUAAUACACAGUUUUGUCAGGAAGAAGCUCUUCAGUUCGACUAUGAGACCGUGAUGCUGAGGUGCACUGAGACCUUCGAUGAUGAAGAUUUGUAAAUAGUAUCUGCUGAUGUUUUGCCGAGCAUUGCUGGGUACACCAGAUAUGCAAAGAGACUGCGCCUCUUUCAGCGGAGUGCCCCUCCGAGGGGAGUGUGGAGACACUGUUGAAGUGAUUUGUUGCUGUUGAUUUCCCAUUCCCUCAUCAGUGCUUCUUGAUAUAUCAGUUGAGUAAUUUAUACCUUUAAAAGUUAUAGGUUUUAGGUUAUUUAUAAAAUCAUAACAAAGA